UUUUUUUAUGCCCGUGACGAAAAACAUCUUUCUCUAAGAAUAAAGUAGUUGAAUAAAAAGCGCUCGUUUAUACCGUGGUCAAUUUCUCCAUUCGCUCUGACGAAGGGCUAACGCUCGAACGUCAGUUUUUAAACUCUUUACGGUGGCCAAUUUACGUUAUCAACUCAAAUGAUGAUACUAAAUUACCUUUUUUUAUUGUUAGUCUUAAUUAUUUGCUUUACGUUAUUCAUGUCUUGUUGUUUGCAAUAAUUAAAUAUUUAAAUUUUUAGCGGUCUGCUACUUUGUGAUAAUUGUUUUCGUCUUUAACAGCUCCAUUUCUGUUCAAGAGCUUUAAGAUCGACCAGGUUUCAGUACUCACAGGCAGACAACCCUGUGGGUUUGAGGCCGUGUGACGUCAGUUAUUUGAUACGCUGGUUGAACUCAUAUUGUUUGUAAUUUGCAACGGUCGAUCACGGCAAGGCGCAAGUGAUCCCGAAAAUUCUUCAUAAAUUCCGCAAAUCAUAACAUUUCACCCCCCAAAUCCGCUUAAUGACAGUCAGAUAAAUAAAGUUUACUUACCUUAAUAUGUCUGUGUUGUCUCGAGUGAUUUUGCGGGGUUUUGGAACGGUUAAUUCCCUACUUUGCAUCAGUGCAAAGUGGGGAAUAUAUUAACCGUCCCAAAACCCCGCAUAGAUUCUCACAAUAAAAGGCACCUCGAAAAUGAACUUGGAGUAAGGGUAUUCUGAUGACUUGAUCGAAAGAGAGCAUGCAUGUCAUGAAGGCGUGGGAACGGAAGAAAGUGAUGUCAGACACUUGCAAGUUCCAGUGCCUGGUAACGGCGGCUCGAGAACUAUCGUUUGAGAUAGUAGCCCGGCAAGAUGAAGAUUUUUACUCGUGCACCGAAAACACUAUAUUCAGACUAGCGGGGCUGCGCACAUCACAUAGUAUGAGUGAGGCUUUAGACUGACAUUACAGUUGUUAGCGCGUCACGCUCAAAUAUAGACAUUCUCUCAUCUCCCCAAAAUCCAGAAAUAGGCCUCAUUGUCAUGAUAAUCUUUCUACACAAUAGAUGGAAUGACUCAUCGAAAAUCGAUGACAGAUGAGAUUCAUCAUAACUUCACGUUAUUGCAGUGAUUCAUUAUGGCCGCUACGGAUGUACAUUUAAAACUAGUAUUCUUACUCAGCAGCUUCAUCGUAUGCAUUUUAGUACCGAUUCAAGUCUGUGGUGACAUGCGCUUCACAAAUGACAAGCCAAAAGAUUCUAUCAAAGCUUCUCUAGGUGAUAACGUGCCUUUACGCUGGACCUUUACAUAUAACGAUGAUGGAAAAAAUUCAGCUGGCCCAUGGCGUGCUCGGGGAGUGCACGAAAUCAUCUUUGGCCAGUGGAAAUCUACAUAUGGUAAAAUCCUUUUUUUCGAGAAAAUUGUAGCAGUUGACAAUAGUGGUAAUUUCACUGUGCGAGAUGGAAAUAAAGAUAAAAUAGACUGGAACUUCUCAAAAGACCAAUUAACAUUCACAAUAAAAAACAUGGCUCUUAAGGAUCAAGCAAAAUAUGGAGUGCAUGUUGAGCUUGGCUUGGAUCAGAGCCCCUUGGAGCAUUUUGUCAACGUUGAAGUUGUGAGUAAACAAGUCAGCAAAGAUCAAAGCACAAAUGUCCGAAAUGUUUCAGCCUAUACAUCCGAAACUGUCGACAUCUUGUUUACACGAUCAAAGGAUGACUCCUCGAAAAAUUUCCGCAAGUAUGAAAUCUUGAAAAAAUACUCCCUCAUCACUCUUGGAAAAGAAAAAGACGGAAAGAAUAAAUUCUUUUGUAAAGAUAACACUAGUCACACAGCUACCUGCGAGGAGCGUUUCUCUUUUCGCUAUGUGAACAGCAGCUACGUGUCCUUCCAAAUUAGAAAUGUAACGUCUCAAGACGCAGGUCUAUACUUCUGUCAAACGUAUUUCAGGGGGGUUAACAAAGAGAACGACCCACAAUACGAACAUGUCAAUUUGAUUGUACAAGGUCACCCUACAGUUCUCACUACUUCAGCUUUCACGACUACAAGUGAUCAGUCUGGUUGGUAAUUUGCUGAUUGACUGAAAACUGGCACUAUAGUAACGUAUUCUUUAAUUGAAAUGAAAAAAAGUAUUAGUUGUUCCUUUCGUUUCAUUUUGAUGAGAUUAAAGUUCUCUCACUUCUGUUUAUGUUUUUAACGACACCAUUCGAAAAUUUUACCUAAUAAAAGAAUGCAUUUUUUUUAUUCGGUUGGUACAGAGUGCAUACUAAUUGGAAAUAUAGCCUACACACAAAAUGCAGUGCGCAGGAUGCGAACUGAAUUCAGAAUACAGACGAAAAACCUAGAUUGUAAAAGUUAUAAUAUUUUAUCGCGUUUAAGGUCGACUUAGACUACAUAAGUCUACAUUUUGCACACGGUCUGCUGCUCGCAUUUAUGACUAACUUUUUUUUCCUUUUAACAUAUCACGUUUCAGUUUAUCCUACUUCAGCUUCCAUGGCUACAAGUGAUCAUUCUGGCCUCCAACCUUGUUUUAUUAUGCUGGCAACGAUAACCGCUAUACAAGCCCAGUACCAUUAGGGAAUGUCACCUGGCAAGCUCCAACAAUCAUAAUGAUAAUAAUUGUAAUAUUAACAUUAAUAUCACAAAUAUAAACUAUUAAUCUUCUCGUUCCUUAAGAUGAAACUUUUCGCUGAUGAUUGUGCAAAACAGAAACGUCGAGAGAAGCUAUCUUAAUUUUCUUAACUUUAACAUGUAAACCUGAGUUAUUAACCUGUAAAUAGUUAUUGGUCAGUGCACGACUACAAGCUGAGUUGGCGUAGAGAAAAAUGGCAAAAGUCCACUGUUGUUACAGAUACUUUUUUCCGAAUUCCAGCUCAUGGCAUGGGUGUUAGGGAUAGGUUUAUAUCAAAAACCCCGUUUACAGCCGGGCUCUCCUCUUUUUAUUUCUUUCCGCCUCUAAAGCCGUUUUUUUCGUUCCCGCUUUCUCGUUCGUCUCUUCUGACCACGAGCCUGAUGUAGAAUAAUGUCCAAGAGGACUCUUAUAUAUCUCGUCAAGUGCCUUGUUGUGCUUAGUCAGGCUAAUACUGACUUAUGAAUAGGAUAUGAUGUAAUCAUAUAGAAUGUUCUAGACUGUUCCGCAUGUCUAAAAAAUUUGAGCUCCGGUUAUUACUAUUAACCGAUAAGCUGACAAUAAAGCUGAAUAUGAAAAAAUA